AGAAUAGAGCAUGCUGGGACAUGUAGUGUUACUUUGAACUAGUUGCUAUAGUGAAUUUAUGAAUUGGCGAACGGCAAAAUAAAAAAAGAAUCACAUUCAACACAUAUCAAUCUGUUUUAUAAAGUUAAUUUAGUUCGUAGUUAUUUAUUUUGUCCGUUAAAACAGCUAGCUGCUAGCUAAACGCGAAACUACAUUUCUACUAAAGCGUUUCAGUCGAAGCAGGGGGGAUUAUGGGUGUUGUAGGAAAAACGCUCGAAAGCCACGCAGAAAACGACAACUCCCACAAUGCACCUGUGACGGGCUUUGGAUACCGUUGAUGGCGUCUGGUCGAGGGCAACACACAGGUCGUCUACUGACGGUGGAGACAGGCCGGUGCGUUUAACGGUUCUGUCAUGGAGGUGGUGGAGAGCGUCAGGAUGGAGGUGGAGGAUGACAGUCGUCUGACCAGGCUGAGGUUCGAGGCCGCCGUGAAAGUGAUCAAGAGUUUACCCCCGGAUGGUCCCUUCCAGCCAUCUAAUGACAUGAUGCUCAAGUUCUACAGUUUUUACAAACAGGCGACCGUGGGAGCGUGCAACAUCCCGCGACCCGGCUUCUGGGACGCAGUUGGCAAAGCAAAAUGGGAUGCGUGGGAUUCUCUCGGAGACAUGUCCAAAGAAGAAGCGAUGGCAGCCUAUGUCGAGGAAAUGAAACUGAUCCUGGAGGGCAUGCCCAUGACGGACGAGGUGGAGGAGCUGCUGCGCGUCCUCGGCCCGUUCUACGAGCUGGUGGACGAGAAGAAGAAGAUCACGCAGAUAUCGGACCUGAGCACAGGGUUUGGCACAAUGUUGAAUUCGAUGCCGUCGAAGAGCGUCACGAAGAGCAUCAUCAGGAGCAUGGAGAUGAACGGCACUCUGGAGACCCGGCCCGCCAGGCUCAAACCCAAGGAGGUGGAGGAAGAGGCAGAGGAGGAAGACGAAGAGGAUGAGGAGGAGGAGGAGGAUGAGGAGGACGACGAAGAGGAGGAGGAGGAAGAGGAAGAGGCAGGAAUAAGGGAGGUCAGAAAAGAUUUGAUUUCAGACAGAAAACCAGCAGCUGCUCAGCCAAAGAAGAAGAGUUCAGCCAGGAGACACAAAGCGCCCCUGGCGAACGGUAAAGUUGUGAACGGUGUCGCCCAUCUGACCAAUGGGAGCCACUCCGGGUUCCCUCCGAACGGCGAGCCUCUGCUCAAUGGCCACCACGCGGAUCCCAGCGCCUACGCGUCUGGUCCCAGCCAUGUGGCCAGCGACUCUGACAGCGAAGUCUACUGCGACUCCGUGGACCAGUUCGGACAGGAAGAGAGCCCAGAUCGCAGCCGCUCUCUGGACGAGCUGGGCGACGAGGAGAGCCACGCGCCGCAGCCGCCUCCUCCUCCGGAGGCAACGCAGGGGAUCGGAGAGGACCUUCAGGCUCCGCCGGAGGUCGUCCGGUGCGGAGGGGAAGACGGAGAGCCCGGCGGGACAAUGUCGCAGAGUCAUAGGCCGGACGCGGACGUGGUCAGAGGAGGACGAGGAGGACGAGGCUCCAGGUCUCCGGGGCGCGGCGGCUCCGGGGCUCUGGUGCCGUCGCACGGGGCCUGCGACGACGGGGAGCGGCGACGCUCGGGGGGAGCGGCGACACCCGGCGGGAGCCUGAACGAGCAGAUCGUCGUGGCGCUGGCCCGACUGCAGGAGGACAUGCAGAGCGUCCUGGAGAGGCUGCACACCCUGGAGGCUCUGACCGCCAGUCAGGCAAGAUCAGCGGCUCAGUCUCCAAAUUAUGCAUCAGCCCCAUUGAUUAAGAGGAGUCAGAAGCCAUCCUGGUGGCCUUUUGACAUUUCUCCCGCCAGUCUGGCCUUCGCCGUGACUUGGCCGUUUGUGGUUCAGUGGCUAAUCCGCCUGUACCUGCAGAGGAGGAGAAGACGAAUCAAUUGAACCUGCCUCCGUUGUAACUACCGCACCCCCUCCUCCCUCUGCUUAGACCCACAGCCUAGUAAUUUGCUUUUGCACUAUGAAGGAGGCGCCCGGAGUGACGAGCGAGAGGAAGACGUCUCUCAGAAGAGUUGCACUUUGGAUGUGGAAUUCAAAAAGAAACGUGAAGGUGUGACUCCCCGGAUCCUGCGAUCGUGACGACGCGCCACUGAUACUGGGUAUCUCUUCCUCGUGUUGAGAGGAGGAGAAGAGUCGACGGAAGCUUUCCGAAGUUGUUUCCAUAACUUUUUGCUGCACAAAGAAAAAAGGCCUGAUACCUUUUUUGUUCGUCGUGGGGCGAAAAAAUAGCUUGAUGUGUUUAUAAAUUCUUAACGAUUCACUUUUUAAUUUUGUUUUUAGUUGCCAAGGCAAUGCUGCUAUAAUAAAAACAGAACUGUAGUGUAGAGCGGAAGGAUUGAAUGUAAUAAUAUGUUGAUAUAUGUGAGAUUUUUUUCUUCUUUUUUAAUUGUGAGAAUAAGUUAAUAUUUAUUGCUUUUAGCGAGCCUCACAGAUUUAUGUUUUUAAUACGAUUGAUAAAUGUCGUUGUAUAGGUUUUCAACAGCGCGUCACAUCUGGACGAUCUGACUGAGCCUCUCCACUUUUUAAAUGUUUCCAAAAUAAUAAUAAAGAAAAAAGUGCCUCAACAGCACGCAAGUCGCAAGGUGGCAUUAUUAUGAUUAUCAUAACAUUCUCAUAUGUCGGCAUUACCGUUUGUAUUUCAGGACCAAAUUGACAUUAAUCAAUAAUCACACUACCUAGCGUUGACACCAUCUGAUUAUCCAUCGUCACUGUCCGUCGCAUUGUCUGUUGUAUGAUUUUAAUUAUGUUUAAAUGUGUUGGUAUGAAAAUUGUAAAUUUUUUGAGUUGAUAUUAAUCCUGAAAUAUUUUGGAUAGCAGCGAGAGCGACACAACAUGAAUUGUAUACAACAGCUCUACAGUUGAGAUGAUUUAAAAGAAAAUGCAAUAUUUUAAUUGCAUCCCGUGUUUUAUUAUAAACAUAGACAUAUUAUUUCAUAUUCACAGAGGUUUGCAUCUGCGGUAGCACCAAAUCUUUGCAGAGCCAUUAUGUUUUAAUAACAAUAGUUUUAACUUUCUACUGAAGAUGUGCGCUCUGAGCUUUCUCGCGCUUCUCUCUGAAGCGGAGUGUGUCUUGCAUGUGAUAAUCCAAGCCUAAAAAAAUAAAAAUUUUCAUAACGCGCCGUA